GCUGGUCUCAGUCUCAUAGUCUCAUAGUCUCAGUUGACUCAGUCGUUAACGAUACGCUGCUACGAUUGGAUCGACGCAGCUGCUCGCCCUUAAACGAGGAAACUACUUCCCAGAAAAAACAGAAAAAUGGUUGUUGAAAUUAAGAGUGCGGAUGACUUGAAGGUACAGCUGGACGGUGCUGGAGACAAAUUAGUUGUAAUCGACUUCUUUGCUACGUGGUGCGGCCCAUGUAAAAUGAUCGCACCCAAAAUGGAAGGAUUAUCGAAGGAAAUAACAGACGUAAUUUUCCUGAAAGUUGAUGUAGAUGUAUGCGAAGAUUUAGCUGGCGAAUACGAAAUCACCAGCAUGCCCACCUUCAUCUUCAUCAAGAAUGGCAAAGUGCUGGAGACGUUCUCUGGUGCUAAUUUCGAUAAACUUAAAAGUACAAUUCAAAAGCACAAAUGAAUAAGUAACUGUACGAAUAAGUAUAUUUUUCAACAGAAUUGUCCUUAAUUAGCACUAAUCAUCAGAGAUAAUUAAAAACAGCUUUGUAAUCAAUCAUAAAAUGAUAUUGCAAGUUCCAAAGCGAAUGCAAACGUAGGUGAAGACUUUUUUGAUAACACAUUGUCAGUUUUGUUAUACAUAUUUUGUUGCAAAAUAAAAUGUAAUCAGCUUAUAAAAAUAAACGUGUAAUAUACUUA